UGACCACCCAAAAACAGGUGACCUUGCACACUCCCUCCUCCUCCUUCAACAGAUGGUGCAAGGCUCCUCCUCCCUUCUCUCUCCCACUUUAUCUUAUCCAUCACUGUAAUCUGCGAACAAAGAAAAAUCGUAUCUUCGCUGCUACGGAGCCUCUUCGGAAACCCCUUUCGAGCUUUCCCUCCGAAUUUUUAUUGCGCCUUUAUUCCCUCUGUCUCUCUCUGAUUGAAACUUUAAUCCACCAUUUCACAUGUUUUAAAAAUCUCAUCUCUUUCACUUUUUGUUCCCCAUUUUUUAUUUCAAUUCUCAGGCUUUUUCCGAUCCCAGUCUCUCUUGGGUAGUUCUUGUUUUCUGAUAUUUUCUUGAAUCUGUAAUUUUUUCUUGGAAAUUUUGGUUAUUGCAAUUCUGGGUCACUUCGAUUUCAGCUUAUCUUUCACUUUUCGUUUCUGGGCAAUCUGAGAUCUCAAUUUCUGAAACUGGGUUGUGGUGAUUUCGAUCCAAUUUGAUUGUUUUCUUUCGAAUUUCAAUCCCAAGGCAAUGUCAGAGGGCUAUGCAAUCGAGCUUUACUUCGAUCCAGCCCUCGAAAACCAGGUCUUGAAGGCUUGGAACGUGCUCGCCCGCCGUCAGAUUAGUACCCAGCUUAUCGAAAUCGAAUCACGACCUCACAUCACCCUCUUCUCAAGUCCCUUUAUUGAACCCGCCAAGCUCGAAAACGUGAUCAGAACCUUCGCUUCCAAGCAAGAGCCUCUGGCCUUGUCUUUCUCUUCGAUCGGGAGCCUCCCAAAUGACAACAACGUCCUGUUUCUGUCGCCAACUCCGUCGGUUUCGUUGCUGCAGUUUCAGUCCCAAUUGUGUGAGGCAAUGAAGAAAGAAGGUGUGGAAAUUGGGGAGGAGUAUCGCACUGACUGCUGGGUUCCUUACUGUGCUGUCGCUCAGGAAGCGCCGAAGACUCGAAUGGCGGAGGCAUUCUGCGUGUUGCGGGACUUGAAGUUGCCGGUUGCAGGGUAUGCCAUGGAUAUUGGAUUGGUGGAGUUUUCGCCGGUUCGCGAGCUGUUCUCGUUUGUGCUAGAUAAUUCUGAAACCUAUCUGCUUCAACAAUCUAGCUAUGGUUUGUGGUAAUCGUACUUCUCAGACUCUUCCCUCUGUGUGAUUGAGCCAAGAGUUCUUCUAUGGCUUUGCUGUACUGUUGGCUGAAAUUGGCCUUCCGUUUGUGUGCAUGACUGUGUGUGUAAAGCAUCUCUGAAUCUCCGUUGUUAUGUAGGAUCUCUUUUCGCAUAUUUACCAAAUUUCAGGUGCAUGUUUUAUGUCUGAUGUGAAAGGAUACCCUGGCUUCCCAAAAUCUGCUGAAUAUUUGGGAAAGUUUAUAAACAUGUUGGAGGUACUCGAUUUAACAUAUGUUAAUUAUGAAAGAUAGAAUGUAAGGAUUUGAAAUUUA